UCUCUAAACGACAUCAGUAGCAAUCAGCAAUUGAACUAAUCAACAUGGCAUUCAAGUUUAUUGUUCUCGCCGCAUUUGUGGCAACCGCAAAUGCUGGAUUAAUUGGAGGAUAUUAUUCUUCAUUGGCUGCACCAGUACCAUUGGCGUAUGAGAGUGCUCCAGUUGCACAGGCAGCGGUGAUCACCAAAACCGUGGACUCUGAAUACGAUCCUCAUCCCGAGUACAGUUAUUCCUAUGAUGUUCAAGACUCAUUGACCGGUGACUCAAAAUCGCAACACGAAACCCGCGACGGAGAUGUUGUCAAGGGAAGUUACUCUCUCGUAGAGGCUGACGGAAGCAAAAGAACUGUCGACUAUGUUGCUGACCCAAUCAAUGGAUUCAAUGCUGUUGUAAAGAAGGAACCAGCAACAGUUGCCGUCGUCGCUGCUCCAGUUGUCAAACAAGUUGUGCAACCAAUUGUGCCAGCCGCUGUUGUCAAAACUGUUGUACCAGCUGAAACCACCAUCUCAAAAUACUCCACUGGAUUCACCCAUCACGCUCCAGUUGUUCACUCAGUUGCUCAACAAGUCGUGCAACCAGUUGUGCAAGCCGCUGUUGUCAAAACUGUUGUACCAGCUGAAACCACCAUCUCACAGUACUCCACUGGUUUCACACACAAUGCUCCCGUUGCUCAUACAGUCGCUGCAUACUCCGCACCUGCAUACUCUUAUGUUGCUGCACCAGUUGCUGCUUGGUGAAGAAUUUAAAAAAAUAAUGUAACAAAUUGAUAAUAAAUAAAUCAUUUCACGAAAAUUA